UCAGAGCAAUAAAACACUUUGAAGCCGGUUUUCAUCGCGAGUGCACGUACUUUUUUGGCUGUCACAAAAAAAGUGAUUUUUGUUGCUUUUUAAGUAACAAAAAAAGCAUUUGAAGUGUAUUUGGUGUAAAGUGUGAUCAUUAAUAUUUAAACAUGUCCAUAGCUCGCAAGUUGGACGUGGUAAUCUUCGGUGCAACCGGCUUCACCGGCAAGUACACAAUCCUCGAGGGCGUCAAAAUCUUGGCCGGACUACGAUGGGGCGUGGCCGGUCGCAGCCGGCCUAAGCUGGAAGCUACCCUGGCGGAAAUUGGCCAAAAGGCCGGCCAAGAUCUGUCCCAGACGCCGAUCGUGCUGGCGGAACUGGACAACGAGCGGUCGCUGGUGCAGAUGGCCAGCGAGUGCCGCGUCGUGGUCAACUGCUGUGGACCGUACCGGUUGUACGGGGAGCCGGUGCUGAAGGCUUGCCUCGAAGCCGGAACGCACCACGUGGACGUUAGCGGGGAGCCGCAGUUUUUGGAGGGCAUGCAGCUCAAGUACCACGAGCAGGCCAAGGAAAAGGGCGUUUAUCUGAUUUCGGCCUGCGGGUUCGACAGCAUUCCGGCGGACAUGGGAACCGUUUUUCUGGAGCAGCAGUUUGGCGAGGGGGUGGUUAAUUCGGUGGAGAGUUAUAUUUCCAGCAAGGUCACCGGAAGGCGGGAACUUGGGGGAAUCCAUUACGGGACGUGGGCUUCUGCGGUUCACGCCAUAGCUAAUAUGCGCGAGGUUGGCCAGAUUCGGCGGGAGCUGUUCCGAACGAAGCUGCCCGAGGUGGAACCGAAGCUGAAGGAGCGGCCGGCACUGCACAAGUCCAGCGGUGGCAAGUGGUCGCUGCCGUUCAUGGGUGCCGAUCGGUCCUGUGUGAUGAGGACGCAGCGGUUCUUCUACGAAACGGAAGGCAAACGACCGCUCCAGAUGAGGGCGUACAUUUCGUUUAGUGGCCUCGUUGAGGUCUUUGCCAUCUCGUUCAUCGGGGCCAUCUUCUGGCUGUUGGUGAAAACCACCACCGGCCAGAACCUGCUGCUGAACCAUCCGCGCCUUUUCUCGCUCGGACUGGUGUCCCAUGAGGGCCCGUCGGACGAGGCCGCUAAAAAUACGCAUUUCGCGAUGCAUUUCGAGGGACGCGGUUGGGAGGAAAAAUUGGCCAGCCCGGAGGAAAAGUACCCGUAUCCUCCGAACAAGGUCAUCCGGACGAAGGUUACCGGAACGAAUCCGGGGUACGGGGCCACCUGCGUGGCGUUGCUGCUGUCGGCGAGGACGAUCCUGCAGGAGGCGGACAAGAUGCCCGGAAGUGGUGGAUUCCUUACGCCCGGAGCUGCCUUCGCCAAGACCAACCUCAUUCCGGAGUUGUGCAAGAACGGGUUCACCUUUGAGGUGGUGUCCAAAGCCAAACUCUAAACUUAGUUUAGGAAUUUUAUAAUUGCAACGGGUUCUUCUCCACAA